UUUCUUCAGUGUGAACGUCCACUCAUCACUAACAAAUAAAACACAGUGAAACUAGCAGCACAAGCGACAUUACGCGUCUUCAAGGGUUAAAAACGUGGACGUGUUGCUGAACAAAACCUGACAACAGUGACAUCAAGCCUCUUACUUGUCUCCUGGACGGAGAGAGUGAGACUUCAAAGGUAGAUCUUUGGUCUGACUCUCUGCACGGAUGCGCGCCGACCUUGGAGUCUCCAGACGCGCAGCGGAGGAUUUUGCGCACUGAAAUCAAGUAGAGCUGAAGAGAGCGCACAGCGAGCGGACUGCUGUCUGACUGACUGCAGUCCUGUCACUGGGAUCCGGGCUCACUUGGCUUUACUUUACGGCACAAAUCGUCACAAAUCGACGUUGUAUUAAUACUAGAGGAAAAUAUAGGCUUCAGUUUAUUUCCGUUUGGCUUGAUUUGCAACUUAGAGGAGUGUUGUUUCAACUGAAUGUAGCCGUUUCACCUUGUUUGUAGAGAAAUUCAAGUGUCCCAGCUUCUCAGGGAGAAUUCAGUCAACAUCCUCAGAGACGGAGACGUUUGAGAGGAUUUUAGGAAUCUUAUCUGAGUGGAUUGAACAAGGAUGAUUGCACCCAUCUUACCGAACUAAGUGAGGUAUUACAUUUGGAAAAAAAACGGUGAUCACAGCAAUGCUUCAACGGCAUGUGCGUCUGUCCCUCUCCAAAUCUUCCAGAGAGGAUCUAAGCGCCGCUCAUUUUGAAUAAGUCGAGAAGUCAUCGAAGAUGAGAGCUCUGCAAACAUUCCUGUGUCUUCUCCUCCUGCACCAGGUCACAUGCAGGAAAGUGCACGCGGAAGCCACAGAGCUCAUCGAGUGGGGCGACAGUGAUAACGAGCAGAAGAUUUCUCCCACGGGGGCCAGUCCACGGAUCCUCAACCCCUUGCGUUUGUUUGCCAGGGGCUCCCCCGGGUUCAAGAGCAACAUGAGGGAAAUUACAUAUUUACAGAACAUGGAGGACUUCUGGGACUGGUUAUCUAACCAGACAGAUGUUCAGGGUGCACAGGCCAGAACUAAACGCAGGCCCAUCGUCAAGACUGGCAAGUUCAAAAAGAUGUUCGGGUGGGGGGACUUCCACUCCAACAUCAAGACUGUCAAACUCAACCUGCUGAUCACGGGGAAGAUCGUGGACCACGGGAACGGCACUUUUAGUGUUUACUUCCGCCACAACUCCACGGGCCUGGGGAACGUGUCGGUGAGCCUGGUGCCUCCUUCCAAGGUGGUGGAGUUUGAGAUUGCUCAGCAGUCCACGCUGGAGACCAAAGACACCAAAUCAUUCAACUGUCGCAUUGAGUACGAGAAGACGGACCGCAACAAGAAGACUGCCCUGUGCAGCUUUGAACCGACCAAGGUGUGCUAUCAGGAGCAGACGCAGAGCCACGUGUCCUGGCUGUGCUCGAAACCCUUCAAAGUCAUAUGCAUCUACAUAGCCUUUUACAGUGUCGACUAUAAACUGGUGCAGAAGGUUUGCCCCGACUACAACUAUCAUAGCGACACACCCUACUCCUCCACUGGAUGAUCUAGCUGUUGUCAGUAUGCAUCAACCUUUUGUCUGAUCUUCAAAUAAUGUAAAUGUCAACCUCUAAACUCCUUGUCCUGAAACACCUAGAUACCUGAGACAGGAAAUGCAACUUAAAAUGGGACACACUCUGGAGGGAUUUAUUGCAUUGUAAAAAAUAAAAUAAAAUAAAAACAUAAAACAAACUUUUAUACAGAUUUAGAGAUAGUUAGGUGUCCAGGGACUUGGUUUUAGAGGUUGACUUGGGAUUCAGAGCUAGCUACCAACCCUGGGUGACUCCUCCCCAUCUCAACAGCACAUGUUCUCUGUAAACCACUGGUAUAAUUAGCAUGUUGUCCAGAUGUUUUCUUCAAGGCUAGACCAUAGGCGAGGAGCCUCCCUGUUGGAAGUGCUUAUCCGGCUCCUGUGCCGGUGCUGCAUUGAUGCCAACAUUGUCAAACAAUUUCCUCACCUCAUUUAAACAGUUAUGGGAUGAAAUAUGACAUGACUUUGAAUCCUGUUAAUAAUUACAAUACCAAGAUGUUUGAAUUGUUAUUCAACCAGGCAUAAAACUGGAUAUUUCACAUUUGAAACAUUGCUUCAUUUUGACUGAUUAGUCAAAAUGAUCUGUUCAUUGCCUUCAAAAUAGAGCUAAUAUCCAUUUGUACUUGUUAACAGAACACAGGGAGUCUAUUAUUUCAGAUUAGCUUGAUCAAUGGGUAUUUUCUCAAGUAGCUCUGAAUAAUUAAUAUGGCAUUCCAAUCUAUAUUUUAUCUCUUAUCUUUCUCUGAAUUGAUUAUGCGCCCAUGACAAAAUUAAUUGAUCCAAGACAUCUAAUCCAAAAGCAAGCAUAAUCAUAAAUCAUCACACAUGUAGGUACCAUACAUAUAUAACCUGGCUGCUGCCUUGUGUGCUCCUUAAAUGUAUUGGUUUUUCAGCUGCAAUCAUACGGCAUGUGUAUGCUAAACUAGUCUGAAAUCCAACAUCUGUGUUUGCAGGAUGCACUUUGAGGCAUCAGCCUGCCGAGCGGGCCCCGCAGUGGAUUAAUGUGUCAGGAGAGGAGGGGGGGAGAGCGAUAAUUGCAGGACAGGUGGAUUUAGUGAGUCUGGCAGACAAUUAUCAGCACUUUGUCAUGGUCCUGCCACCAGCCCUGACAUUACCUGUCUUUAAUAGGCUUUAAUUAGCCUGGGAAAUUUCAUUUACCUAAGACCAAGAGUGGAGAAACCAAAAGAAGAAAAAAAGGCAAAAGUACAAAAUCCGUCUGGAAUUUUAAUGAGACGUGGGACCUACAUUUGAAAAUGUCAUACAUUUCCCAGUUGUACAUCAGGCUUAAGUUGACUGAUUCUUGUGUAAAAGUGGAUAACAUCCAGUCUUGUAGUAAAUGGUGAAAUGUGCUUUGACUCAGCAAUCACUUAAACAGUUUUAAAAGGUUCUGUUGAAAACCAUCAACACAUGAAAUGUCAUAAAUUGUGUUGAUUGCGUGUAUCCAGGGUUUUAGACCAUAGGGCAUGUGCCACUGAUUAAUCACAUGGCAAUUAUUUCUCUUACUUUAUUUGCUGUAUCUCAUGUCUUUCCCCAUCAGCUGUAAAUUAUCCUGUCUCAUUAUACAUGAGGAGGAGAGGUGUAUGAUAAAGAAAUUACUAAAUCCGAGUUGAUCUAUGUUGAUGUUUUAGUUCUACUCCUUUGUGCAGAUGCUGUGUAUUAACGUGUAACUCUAAAACUAAACGUGUUUACUUAUGGCUUCAGAGUAAACAAUGUCAAUUUAUUCUAAUUUUUCCA